UCAAUCCUCCAAGCCUCCUCAGCGGAGCUUAAAAUGAGCUUUCCUUUACGAUGAACUCUCAGCAUUGCAACCCCCCCCCCUUUUUUCCAUCACCAAAGUUGAGACCAUAUAGGGAUUAGCAAUUGAUACCCUCGUCACUCGGAGUUGGUAACAUCCGGCUAAUAUCACACCAUUUGGAAACAAAAAGCAAAAAGAAAUGGAUCCAUUCGGCCGACUUCCUUGGUUUGUCCUGCAAAAUACCCUGUCGAAUCUUCCGGACCUGCCCUCACUACAUAGCCUGCAUGAUGCAUCACCGGAAGUCGCGGCAUUCUUGCACCGGAACAAUGAUAUAUUCGCCCAGAUUGUGGAUGCCAUCAUCGGAGACCCAGUCCGCGGCGAAAGGGGUCUGGUGCCACAUGUUCAGGAUACCGUACGGCUCGUGAUUCUUGUCUGGACUCGCCAGAAAGCCACAGGGCUAACGCAGGAGCCAGGUACAGACAUCCAUGGCAGCCUGCAAUACGUACGGGAGCGCUCUCCCCUGGAAGCGCAGCCCAUGUUGAAGGCAAUAUUCCCGUCAACACCCUCGGCUAUUCUUUGUCAGCUCCUUAGCCUAAUGGCCCGACUCCGAUGUCUCACGCAUGCAUGCUUCCAUUCUAUGAUUGCAAGGUGCCUAAAGCUACAGGUGGAGCAUUUGCCCAAAAAGAUGAGGUAUUACAAUAAUCAUCUUACACGCCCAAUACUUGACCGCAGCCGACGCCCCCAGGGUAUCCCAUAUACCCCUGUUGAUAUUGGCCCACCGACAUGGAUUGAGGAGCAACGCCUGCUCAGUAGUUUAUUAUGUAUUGUUCUCUUUUAUGAGCUGCGCAAGUCAUAUUUUGAAUGUUCAGUGAUUACAGAGGACAGGGAAUCUGUCUGGGUUUUGUUGGAUGACAACGUGGAAGGGUUUUGGAACACAAUCCUUCGGAAGUACAACGAUGGUCAGGUAGAGCAGAUAGCAACUAUUCUUCACUGGAUGGAUGACCAGGCAGGUGGGCAUGAAAAUAUAUACUCCUGGUUGCUCUCUGGUGGAAUUUCUGAGGACUAUAGCCAUUGCUGCCAGCACUAUACAUCUGUGACGGAUGACCAAUGGGCCGAGGCGGAAAACAACGUGAAUUCUGGGCGAUCUUCCCGGGGUAUGAAGUGUUUAUGGCGAUGUAAAAGCCAUCUUCUAUCGCCUCUUAAAUGCCUAGAUUACUCGGUCUUUCGCUCAUAUGGCCUUGUAUUCUGGGAUGGCAUCAGAAUGGACGCUUUGGGCUUUCCAGGAACACAGAAUGUACAGGAGAUGUGGUUCGCUUGGUCUUCUAUACUCACAGAACAGGAUUGGGAAGAAAUGUUAAGACGGCAGUCAAGCAUUGCCACAGCCAACUAAAUUCGAGAAUAGGAAAUAAGGCCUGUUGCAUUUUUUCUUUUUCUUUUUCUUUCCUCUCUUUUUUUACCCCCCCCCUUUUUUUU